AUAAGUAUAGGGGAUGCCGUAGUCAGUCGGUGGUUCAAUGGCAAAAACAUUUUUUUCAAUAUUCGAUACUUUUCGAAUAACAAUGUAAUAACGUUGCCAGGGAAAACAAAUCAGUCAAGUUGUCACGACGACGCCUUUGUUUGUCGAUCAAUCGUCCGAUUCUUGCGAAAUUAAAUACGAUACUUCCGUUUAGAUUGAGUGAUAUUGAGACGAGAUCUUUAUAUUUAGAAGUUUGAGGGGAAAAUGGCUGAAGGAAACGUAACCCAACCGCAAGAACCAAGCCUACCUCUCCCUCCCCCACCAGCCUCUCAGCCCGGAUUCUGUUCUGCAACGUGCACUGAUAAGAAAUCCGCCAAGGAAGAAAUCGCUAAGCCAAAUGUAAAGACUUCUGACCUGUUUACCACCUGCAAUCUUCCAAAAAGAUUUGAACAUCCUCAUUGGUUCAAUGGCUAUGGAUGUCAAGUAAGCAAGCAACAUCCAUUUUAUAGAACCAGUUCCAAUGAAUAUGGGUGGUAUCCCCCAGGAUACUAUUCAGUGCCAUCUGUGUUCUUCCCCGCGGGACAGACGUUCACGAACAGGCUUUCGGCAGCGGGAAUGUAUCGCAACUACAGCUUAAACACCGGCAUGGACCAAGUUGGCUACCAAUAGAAAACUUGUCAAUAUUAUUAACUAAUUCAUAAGGCUAAAACUUACUAAAUUAAUAGUAUUUUUCAACACUGCCAUUAUAUUAGAAACUACAUGAAAUAUUGCCAAUGUUUUUAUACCCAUUACUUACGCGUAUUUUAUUUCUAUUGUCUGCCGAUAGAUGGCGUUUUGUACAAACACGAUUGUUUAUGUAUUUAGGCCUGAUAGUAUUAGAUUUGUAACACGGAGAAAGAGGGCAGAGGUGUGACGUAAAAAUUAGGCAAUCUGAAGUUAGGUCACAAGCAUACAUGCACACGCGCGUUUACAAGCACAUUUAGGUGCACACAUACGUAACUGUAGAUAGAUACUUACAGGGUCGGAUUAGGGUAAGGGGGCCCCUGAUUCGAAUCAAGCUGGGCCUAAGAACGAGUAAACAUCAACAUUCCGUCGUCGACUUUUAAACUUUGUCCUUAUAUUAUGUAUGUUCUUUCAGGACCCUCAUUGCCUGGGCCCGUGUAGCAAUAACUAUCCCCACUAAGGCCACUAUAUUGUUAACAUAUACUACAUACUGUGACAUUUAGCGCCGGUUUCAC